AUGGCCUCACCAUCCUCACCCGUCCCUGUGACCAUCAUCGCUGGAUCCUUCGGGUCGGGGAAGACGACUCUAUGUAACCAGCUGCUGGAGACAUGUGCUGCUGCACGGGCAAGUGUGGCUGUGAUUUCGCACCGCUUUGCUGAAGAGUAUGCUUGCCAGCCAGUGGUGAUUGACCAAUCGCACUGCAAUUUGGUGGAAGAGGUUUUCGAUUAUGGCAGUGGCUGUUUGUGCUGUACCCCUGGUGGUGAACUAAAUCAAAUGCUGAACAAUAUGAUCAUGUGGGGUGAGCACUAUGACCAUGUGCUUGUUCGAGCAGGUCCUGCUGCUGAUCCGUUGCUUUUUGCUGAUGCGGUGCAGCGAAGCAGCGCUUAUCGCAUUUCAGGGUUGGUCACAGUCGUGAAUUCUUCGAUGCUUAGCUACCCUGAGCAAUUGACCUACGGCGCAUCUUUCGACCAACUGCAAGCAGCAGACGUGCUCCUCCUGCGGUUGGAGAAGGCUGAUGGAGAGGUGGAGGCCUUGCAGCAGCUGCAGGACAUUUGCCAAGCAAAGGGCAUCAGCACACCCAUUCGACUUUGGAGACAUGGGACUGCUAUUGACAGCGAGUUCUUACUGAAUUGUCGUCCAGAUGAUCGAGAAUACACAUGCAAACCAUCCAGCUUGGUGCCAAAUCUCAUGGCAAGCCACGAUACAAACUUCAAGGCUAUCCAGAUGGUUGAGAACGGCAUAGUCAGUUUGCAGGCAACGCAGCAGUGGGCUGUAAGCUUACUUCGCCAAGGAUUCAUCGUGCGCCUGAAAGCGCUAUUGCCAGUGCGGAUCGAGGGCGACAUGUGGAUGCUUCUCAUCAAUGCAACGCGUGGACAAGCUAUGGGCCUGAGCGUUGUCAAGGAAGCACCAACACAAGUGUUCAUGGGCGACCUACAGACACUGGUCCUGCGGAAGGUUGAGGCUGCCGAUGCAACCAAGCCGCUUUGCAGGCUCUUCCUCCUGUUGGGCCCUCCAAUGGCAAAGGGCUUGGGUGAUAUGGAUGACCUCGUGAAGUGCAUGCCUUCGAGCGUUGACUUGGCUGACGAUUUUGCCUCACUUCUUGUUGAUUAG